GGUAAAUAGUCAAAAUAUUAGAAUUCACUGAUAAGUUUAUGCUGAGUACUACAGUUUGAUAUCGGUACUCAAACUUUGAAAGCAGUAGAAGGGGAUUUCAAUGUCUGGGGCAGUAGGAAAUCCUGACUCUCCACCCGGAGACAUUGUCUGCAAUGUAUGUAACAAUGUUUUCCAAAAACCACGGAUGCUACCAUGUCUUCAUUCCAUGUGUUUUGAUUGUCUACAGAGAAUACUAGACACAAACAAAACUGCCGAUACCAUCGAAUGUUCCACUUGUGAAGAGACAAUCGAGAUAUCAGCCCAUGAUGCUAAAGAAUUUCCUUCCAACGAAUAUCUUAUUACAAUUAUUGAUGUAUAUUUUUCCAGACACGGAGGGGACAAAAACUGUGCUAUUUGUGAUUUACGAAGCAAGAAAAUACAAGCCAAAUUUAAAUGCGUUGACUGUGAAGAUUUUCUUUGCGAGGCGUGCGGUGGCGCUCAUUCAUCGACAAGACUGACUAUUGAACAUAGUGUAUUGUCGUUAGACGAGUUGGCACGUGGUUCCCAUGACGAUAUAAUCCGCGAGAAAAGAAGGAUGCAUUGUCAGUAUCACGAGAAAGAGGUUCUUGAUCAUUACUGCAAAAGCUGUAACAGACUUGUAUGUCGGGAAUGUCGACUUAAUGAUCACUUUGAUCACACGGCUGUACCAGUUAAGGAUGUGGACGAAUCCAAGCGUGGGAAAAUUUCAGAAAUAAUUUCAAGAUUAGAUAUAAAAAUUAAAGAUCUGUUUGAUUCUGAUGUUGAAUCGGAGACUGUUGUUCGCGAACUCGAUAAAUCAGAACAAACGGCGAUCGAUGAAGUAGAACAUACAUCUAAACAGUUACAAGAGAGAAUAGAAAAAGAGAAGACGGAACUGAUUGAUACUGUAAAGAAACACGUGACCACAGAAAAAGAACGUAUAAAUGGUCAAAAGGAUGAUAUAAAUCAGCGUCAUGCUCUUUUAACAUAUGGCAGCGAGUUUUGUUCUAGAGUUACUGAAAAUGGAAAAGAAGCGGAAGUCAUAUACAUGGAACCAGAGCUGUCAGGAAGGCUGCGAUAUUUGGACAGAUUACCACAACCAAAUACAACUAUACGAUGUCAAUUUCCUGAGGUAAAAUUACGAAAUCUUUAUGGUAAUGUUAAUAACAUAAAGUUCUUUGAAUUUACUCCCGGUACAACGAGUACAGUGGCAUCAAUUCUUCCACCGAAUGUUGAGGAAUCAGACAACAUUCCGAAAGUUCUGUCUUUGACUCUUAAACGACGGAUAAAUGUUUUUUUAUCCGAUGAUGAAACAUCUCCUAAAAUAACAGGAAUUUGCGUCAUCAAAAAUGAAAUUUAUGUUAGCGAUUAUGCCAAUAGGAAAAUAAAGAUAUUUUCAUUGAAAGGAGAACACAUUGACACAAUGCAAAACAUUGCCGCUUUUAGUAUUACUGGUUUUGAUGAUGUUAUUGCUGUAAGCGAUCACUUUGCUGUUACUAUACUUUCCAAAGAUGAAUCGAUCAAGUAUAGAGUUGACCUUCAAAGCACUAGUGCAUCGUAUCCUCUGACCACAAUGCAUGGUAAUACCUUUGUUGUCGCCAACAGCAAAAAUCAUAUUUACAUGGUUUAUGACAAGCAUGGAACUAACGUAGAAAAUCAUAAAAUGGCACGAUCUACUAGAAAAUCUUUCAGCCGCGCGGUAACGUAUUUGACGACUACGAGUAACGGUGACAUUGUUGCUUCAGAUUGGGGUACCAAUGCUGUUGUUGUCAUGGGAACGAAUGGUAAAGCCAAAUUUGAAUAUACCGCAAAACCCUUAAGUUAUACUAAAGAUUGGUCGCCCGGUGGUGUUUGCGUCGACAUACACGACAACAUAUUUUUAGUUGACCAAAGGCAGGGAAAUGUUACAGUGUUAAACCCAACCGGUAAAGUGGUACAUCGGCACAACACGAAGAAAGAUGGUCUUGAACGACCAGUGAAUAUUGCAACAGAUCAUAAUAGUUACAUAUAUAUUUCUGGUAAAGGAGGUCUGAUUCAUGCAUAUCUUACAGAAUAUAUUUAAAAACUAUUAACCUUACGAAUUGAAAAUAGACUAUUUUAUACUCUCAAUAUAUGCACUAGGGAUAAAAACAAAAUAAGACGUUGAAUAAAGUAGUUAACAGUUCACAUAUUCAAAUAUAUAUUAACA